CUUCAUAAUUCUAAGUCGGUUUCUCCCACAUGGGCUUAGUAUAGUGAAGCACUACUGUGUAGUGAAGUAAAAUUUUUUACUGUGGCGAGGUAUGACUGCAUGUAGUAUGUAAUGCCUAUUGAAUUCAUAAAGAAUUCUGAAUGGUUUUGGCAAAUCAAUUUUAAAAACUACUUCUUUUUGAGAACGAAGAAAGAAAAUGUCUCCAACAAGGGGAUAUUUACGUGACUCAAGUGACUCUGAAUCGGAUAAUCAAUCAGGGUCUUCUAGAUCAAGUCGUAGUGGUUCACCAUCUAAUGCAGCAAAUUCUGGUCAUGAAAGAAAUUCUGAUGAUGAGAAUGAAGCAAGAUCAGGGGUAUCGAAUGUUAGUGGAAGGUCUUCUAGAUCAAGUAGUCAAUCUGCAGAAGAAAAAGCUGAUUCUAAACAAAAUUCCAAAAGUCCCUCUCCAACUAGGUCAGAUUCCAGGCACUCGAGUGUUGGAUCUGUAAGAAGUGAAAAAUCUGGUUCACAGAGAUCUAGAAGUGGUACUCCAAAAUCAGUUGUAUCUAAUAACAGUGACUCGCAAAGAUCAAGAUCAGGUUCUCCACAAGAAAGGAGAUCAGAAAGUCCAAAAUCCAUAGAGAAUUUGAAUUCUCCGAGUCCUGAAGGAAGUAAACCAGUAGAUUCUGAUAAACAUGAUAGCCCCGAAGACAAUAAAGAAGAUAAUGAAUCAGAAAAAUCCUUAAAAACAAGAGGGAGUACAAAAUCAAAUGACAGUGAUGGGGAAGGUAGUCCAGCUCAAAAAGAUGAUAACAGUGACUCUGCAUCAGAACAAGAUGAUGCUAUCAAGAGAGUAAAGCCAUUAAUAGAUUCUGAUUCAGAAAGUGAACCUGCUGAGAAAGGAACCGUAGCCCCAACAGCAGAUGCACUUUUUGGAGAUGCUAGUGACAUUAGUACAGAUGAUGAGAAAGAUAAGGAAGAGGAAAAGGGGGAAGAAAGUCAUCGUAAAAGUAGAAGUAGAAGUAGAAGUAAAAGCAGAAGCAAAAGCAAAAGUAGAAGUAGGAGUAGAAGCAGAAGCAGAAGUAGAAGUCGUGACAGAUCUGACAGUGGUGGUGAAGGUCCAAGUCAAGGAGUUAUCGAGGACGAUGGAGAUAAGGAAAAAGAAGAAGAACCCGAACCUCCUCCAGAAACUAGAAUUGACGUGGAAAUUCCAAAAAUUACAACAGAUUUAGGUCGUGAAAUACAUUUUGUAAAGCUUCCAAACUUUCUUUCAGUAGAAACGCGUCCAUUUGAUACAGAAACAUAUGAAGAUGAGAUUGAUGAAGAGGAAACUUUGGAUGAAGAAGGUCGUGCUAGAUUAAAGUUGAAGGUGGAAAACACUCUUAGGUGGAAAGAGAUCUUUGAUGAAAGUGGUAAAGUUAUUAAAGAAAGCAAUGCCAGGUUUGUAAAAUGGUCUGAUGGUAGCAUGUCUUUGCAUCUUGGUUCCGAAAUUUUUGAUGUGUACAAGCAACCACUUCAGGGUGAUCACAAUCACCUGUAUAUCCGUCAAGGAACUGGUCUUCAAGGUCAAGCAGUUUUUAGAACUAAAUUGACAUUCCGACCGCAUUCUACAGAAUCUUUCACUCAUAGAAAGAUGACAAUGUCUCUUGCCGAUAGAUCGCAAAAGACUUCUGGUAUAAAAGUAUUGUCACAAGUAGGAACUAAUCCAGAUCAGAAUAGAUAUGAAAUGAUUAAAAAAGAAGAAGAGAAAUUACGUAUAGCAAUGAGAGUUCAAAGCAAGACCAAAAAAAGUACUACAGGUAGUAGAAGUACUGCAAGAUCUGUUGGUGGUUAUGGUGGUGAUACCUAUCAUGACGAUGGUUCAGAUGACGAAGGAGCCAUUUCUUUGGCAGCAAUUAAGAAUAAAUAUAAGAAGGGAAUGAAUGCUCCUGUAAAAGCAUCAAAUAUAUAUUCAUCCGAUGAAGAGGGUUCAGAUUUCGAAGCUCUUAGACCGAAGAAAAACAUUAAAGGAAAAGUUCUUAAAGAUUCAGAUGAGGAGUCGAAUUCCGGAAGUGGCUCGGACAGCGGAAGAGAAGAUGACAAUCAAGGCGAUAAUGCCAGUGAUUAAAAUACUAGAUUUUCAUUAAGAUUAAAAUGUUUUUGUACUAUAAAUUAAUUUACGACUUAUUAAGUGACAAUUGUGUUUACUAGUAUUUUAUAAAGUCUUCAUAAUUUUCCUCAAAUCAUUUUUGACGCUUUGUAUUGUUGCAAAUUUAGCGGUUUCUUAGAAGUAGGUAGGCGCUAGUGGAGCGCAAAGCUGCUCUGCUCAAAAUAUGCAGCUUCGAAAACUCAGUUGAUCUCCCAGAUUUCUCUUCAAUAAUUCAACUUAAAAGUAAUUUAAAAUAACGAAACUAUUUUAAGCAAAAAAUGUGAACUUCUAAACGACAAAACAAGAAAAUAAUUUCUAUAAUAUUUUUAUUAUGAACUUCAACAACUAAAUACUUCUACCAUUAACAAAUCACAA